CCGCCCCACGUCCGCUGCGGACCGGACGCGAACUGGGGACACGUGGGUCUAGGGGAAAACGCCCUCGCGAUAGAUUUGUCCCCUACCCUGACCCGUAUCGGGAAGACUGGACGAGACAUAAGCCGCGGAGGUGGGGGAAAAACGCUUCCUUCCCUUUAGAAACAGUAUCACCCCCGCCAAACCAAGGUCAGGGUCUCCAGGGCCUGUGGCUUCCUGGCAUGGAGUCAACCCUGGGAGCCGGCAUUGUGGUGGCUGAAACCCUUCAAAAUCAGCUGCCUUGGCUGGAGGACGUCUGGCUUUGGGUCACCUUCCUUGGUGACCCCAAAUGCAUCUUCUUUUUCUACUUCCCCCUGGCCUACUACACCUGUCGCCAUGUGGGCAUCUCCGUGCUGUGGAUCACCCUGCUCUCAGAGUGGCUCAACCUCAUCUUCAAGUGGUUCCUUUUUGGAGAUCGGCCCUUUUGGUGGGUUCAUGAAUCUGGAUACUAUAGUCAGACACCUGCCCAGGUUCACCAGUUCCCAGUAUCCUGUGAAACUGGGCCAGGUAGUCCUUCAGGUCACUGCAUGAUCACAGGAGCUGCCCUCUGGCCCAUCAUGAUUGCCACAUCAGCCCAGAUUGCAAAACGAAGUCACAGUCGCUGGAUGAAGCUAAUACCCAGCCUGGCCUACAGCACAUUCCUCUUGGCAGUUGGACUCUCUCGGAUCUUCAUCCUUGCACACUUUCCCCACCAGGUGCUAGGUGGCCUGAUAGCUGGUGCUCUCCUGGGCUGGUGGAUGACUCCCCGAGUGCCUGUUGAUCGGCCUGUCAGCUUUUAUGGGUUGACAGCACUGGCACUUCUGAUGAGCACCAGCCUCAUUUACUGGAGCCUUGUUUCCCUGGGAAUAGACAUGACUUGGUCCAUUCAUUUAGCCUCCAAGUGGUGUGAACGUCCAGAGUGGGUACACAUGGAAACUCGGCCUUUUGCUUCUCUGAGUCGGGAUUCUGGAGCAGCCCUGGGCUUGGGCAUUGCCUUGCACUCCCCCUUUUAUGCUCAGGUGAGGCGGAUACAGUUGGGAACCCUACAGCAGACUGCUUGCCUAUCAUUGGUCUUAGUGUUCUUGGGGCUCCUGGACUGGAUAGGCAACCCACCCCAACUCAGCCUCUUCUACAUCUUUAACUUUAUCAAGUUUACCCUUUGGCCAUGCCUGGUCACUGCCUUGGUGCCUUGGCUGGUCUACUCCUUCAGUGGCCCAGAGGCCCCACUCACCAAAUCCAAGUGACCCUACCUUUCCUUCCCCCAACCAACACUCCAAAUGACUUCUGCCUCCCAUCAAGGAGGCCUCACUCAUCACUGCAAGAGACCUCCCCUGUUUCCCUACACCCCACCUCCCCGAAGCUGCCACUGUGACUGCUGCUUGCCUCUGCCCAAGACUCCUCUAGAGAAAUCACUUGAACUCAGCCUCAGAAAGGGGGUAUGUCAAACUGGAAGGAGCCCAGCCCUGUCAACCUUUCUCCUUUCCCACUUUGUCAAAAUCCUGCCCUUUUCUCUUUACCAAAAUUUUGCCUUUUUUAUGAGCACUGGAAAUAAAGAGGCCAGAGAACUUCUGACACUGUGAGGGAACAGUCCAUAAA